UCAAGAACUAACAGAGACUUUUAAGAUUGUAAUCGGGAGCUCAUCAGCAGAGGAGGUCAGUCAUGGAAAUAUUUAAAGCAGAUUUUUUUUUUUUUUUUUUUUUUUUUUUUGAGCAACACGGACAUCUUAAAGAAUAACUCCUCUUCUUUUCCUGCGUCUAAAUGAACUUCUCACGGUUCAUCUCGGGCUGUACACAUCUUGCUGGAUCCCGGAUUAAUUGAGAUAAAGUUGAGUAAGAGUAAAAUACACAAAUAAACAAAUUGUUUUCAGUGGUGGAAACAAAGGACUAUAAACGACUUUAUGAAUGUUGCCACUAUCCCGGAGCGCUGCGCAGGCGAGGUUUAGUUUACGACAGCCACAGCGGACCAGAGGACUUCACUCAUUUUUGACACGCAUCAUUUUGGUCCCCAUUGCAAAAUCAGUUUGGAGAGAAUGAGGUGUCUCUGGGUGAAGCAUGAGCUGUCAGGGAAUCAGUCUUAGGCGGCUGUCUCUGCUAUGGGAGGGGGCGGCUCUCAGCCUCUGGCUCUGCUGCUGCUGCCUCUGGACCGGGGCCGACGCCGGAGCCGCAGCCGCUGCCGGUCCCAGCGAUGCCGCCUCCGGCUCCCUGGACUGGCUGCUGUCGGAUAAAGGGCCAUUCCACCAAUCCCUGGAGUUCACCGAGGCCGCGGAGAGGUACCAGCAGGGCUUCAGCACCAGAUACAAGAUCUACAGGGAGUUUGGUCGAUGGAAGGUCAACAGUCUGGCAGCAGAGAAGCGGGACAGCCUCGGUGGCAGCGGUGGCCUGGCUCUGCCCCUCGACCCCGACUUCAUGCACACCAUUCGCCAGCUGGGGAGGCGGCCAAGUCUCCAGACAAUUACAGACAGUAUAAUCAAGAAAUAUGGCACCCACCUCCUCCUGUCUGCCACUCUGGGAGGGGAGGAGGCGUUGACGAUAUUUGUGGACAAAAGGAAGCUCAGCCAGGAGUCUUCCUCCUCGGGGGCUGAGGCCAGCGGCGGCAGCAGCAGCAGCAGCUUAAACAGCACAGGCCCCGUGACCCUGGAGGCUCUCCACCAGCUCGCCGCCUCCUACUUCACUGACAGAGAGAGCACCCUGCGCAGACUGCACCACCUCCAGAUCGCAUCCACCGCCAUACGGGUGACUGAAACCAGGACCGGGCCCCUUGGGUGCAGUAACUAUGACAAUCUGGACACAGUCAGCUCCGUCCUGGUUCACAGUCCAGAAAAUAAGGUUCAGCUGCAAGGACUGCAGAUCAUCCUGCCUGCCUACCUGCAGAGCCACUUCAUUCAGGCUGCUCUCAACUACAUCGGCUGUAAAUCUGAGGGCCAGUUUGUGUGCAGGAACAGCGACUGCUGGUGUGAGUGCAGCCUGGAUUUCCCUCAGUGUAACUGCCCUCACUCUGACCUCCAGGCUCUGCAAAACAACCUGCUGCGAAUCAGAGACGCCUGGAAACUGACCAACCAGGAGUUUGAGGAGUCUGAGGAGUUCCAAAGCUUUGUUGGGAAGCUGCCAACCCAUUACGCUGUAAACACAUCUGUCGUGGAGCACUUGUGGAGGAUGGAUGCCAACCUGCUCCAGCGCUACCGGCAGCUUGAGACCAGCACCAACCAGCUAUUCACCAAGGCUCGCCGCACCACUAACAAGCUCUUCAGCCUGAGCAAGAGAUGCCGAAUGCAGCCCAAAAUAGUCCUACAGAGGGAGAGGCCUCUACGCUAUUGGCUGAGCUACGCCCUCUCCAUCCUGUACUGCAGUGAGAAUAACCAGAUUGGUGUGUACAGCGACGAGAGCCGCAGCUGCUCCUGUCCCUACCACCACCCGCCUUGCCAGGGCCUCAUCCCCUGCUCUGUGGGCGACGGCCCACGCUGCACCUCCUGCUCCGCAGAGAACCGAACCCGCUGCUACAGCUGCAACCCCGGCUUCACCCUCACCCAGGGCACCUGCCGGCCCGCUGUGCCCGACCCCACAGACCCCUACUUGGGUUUGGAGAGCGACCGGGACCUGCAGGACCUGGAGCUGCGCUACCUGCUCCAGAGACGCGACCCACGCAUUACCCUGCACGCUGUGUUUGUCAGCAACGACGUGCGUCUGAACACCUGGUUCGACCCGUCCUGGAGGAAAAGGAUGCUGCUCACGCUCAAGAGUAACCGGGUCAAGUCCAACCGUGUUCACAUGCUCCUUGGGUUGGCCCUUCAGGUAUGCCUCACCAAAAACAGCACUCUGGAGCCAGCGCUCUCUCUGUUCGUGAAUCCCUUUGGGGGCAGCCACUCGGAGAGCUGGACCAUGCCGAUUGGUCAGCACGGCUACCCUGACUGGGAGAGGACCAAGCUGGAUAUCCCGUUGGACUGUUAUAACUGGACGUUGACCUUAGGAAACAGGUGGAAGAGCUUUUUUGAGACUGUACAUUUCUACCUGAGGAGCCGCAUGAGGGAUUCUGGGGGAGUGACGGGGGGAAACAGAAAUGGCACGGUGUAUUACGAGCCCCUGGAGGCAGUGGAGCCUUCCAACAACAUCGGCUACAUGAAAGUCAACAGCAUGCAGCUGUUUGGAUAUAGCGUGCACUUUGACCCGGAGGCCAUCCAGGACCUGAUUCUGCAGAUAGACUACCCGUACACUCAGGGAUCACAGGACUCCGCCUUGCUGCAGCUGGUGGAGCUGCGCUACAGGGUCAACCGCCUCUCGCCUCCAGGGGCUCAGCACAUGGAUCUGUUUGCUUGCCUGCUCCGUCACAGACUCAAACUGUCCAGUGCAGACGUGACCAGGAUACUCACUGCCCUGCAAGCUUUCAGUGCCAGACAACCAAACUACGUGGAAUACGAGGCAAACAAACUUUGUAGUUAAUGGGCGGUGCAGCUCCGAUUUGAUGUUUUGUACUGUUACCUUGCUACUGACGCGGGCUGCUUCAAUUAGCCUGCAUUGUUUGUCAGCUGGAUCCCAUUUGUGUCAAGUGUUUGUUGUUCAAGGCUUUGUUGUACAUAUGUGCAAUUAAACUGGAUGUUUUUAUCA